AUGACUUCCUCCGCCGCCGAGGCUGCCACUGCGUUGAAGCAGCAAGGCAAUAAGGCUUUCGCCCAGCAUGAUUGGCCGACUGCGAUUGAUUUCUACACCCAGGCCAUUGACAAGUAUGACAAAGAGCCGUCGUUCUUCUGCAAUAGAGCGCAGGCUCAUAUCAAACUGGAGGCUUAUGGAUAUGCUAUUGCCGAUGCGACAAAGGCCCUGGAGCUUGAUCCGUCCUACGUGAAGGCAUAUUGGCGACGCGCAUUGGCCAACACCGCUAUCCUAAACCCUCGCGCUGCGCUCAAGGACUUCAAGUCAGUCGUCAAGCGCGAACCAAGCAAUCGCGAUGCGAAACUGAAGCUUACGGAAUGUGAGAAACUGGUUCGGCGCAUGGAUUUUGAGAAGGCGAUCGAGGUGUCCGAACCAGCAUCUGCUUUUGAAGAUCUCGAUAUCGAUGCGAUUGCUGUCGAAGACAGCUACGAUGGAGUGCGGCUCGAUGAAGCGAUGACACAGGAAUUCAUUGAUGACAUGAUUGAGCGGUUCAAGAAUGGCAAGAAGAUUCACCGGAAAUAUGCGUUCAAGAUUGUGAAGAACGUGCUAGACAUCGUCAAAGCAGAGCCGACUAUGGUCGAAAUAGGGGUCGAAAAGGGUACCAAACUCACAAUCUGUGGUGACACACAUGGCCAAUAUUUUGAUCUUCUGGAGAUUUUCCGACUGAAUGGUUUCCCAUCUGAUACCCAUGCUUAUCUGUUUAACGGAGAUUUCGUCGACCGUGGUUCCUGGUCGACAGAGAUUGCCCUUCUCCUGUAUGCAUACAAGUGGCUGCGACCUGACAAAUUCUUCCUCAACCGCGGAAACCACGAGACAGACGACAUGAACAAGGUAUACGGCUUUGAGGGAGAGUGCAAAGCCAAGUAUAACGAACAUGUCUUUAAGGUCUUCUCUGAAUCCUUCUCCGCUCUACCUCUGGCCACUCUUGUGGGCAGCAAAUACUUUGUCCUACAUGGUGGUCUGUUCUCCGACGACAAUACUACACUCGAUGACAUCCGCAAACUCAAUAGGCAUAACCAGCGUCAACCCGGCCAAUCUGGUCUUAUGAUGGAAAUGCUAUGGACCGAUCCUCAACCCGAGGACGGCCGUGGCCCUAGCAAGCGUGGUGUGGGCCUUCAGUUUGGCCCGGAUGUCACCAAGCGCUUCUGCGAGAAGAAUGGUCUGGAGGCCAUUAUUCGCUCUCACGAAGUGAGGAUGGGUGGGUACGAAAUUGAGCAUGACGGACGAUGCAUUACUGUCUUCUCUGCUCCGAAGUACUGCGAUGCCACUGAGAACAAGGGUGCCUAUAUCAAUGUUGGACCGGAACUCAAGCUUGAAUACCAUGUAUUCGAUGCGGUGCCUCAUCCGGACAUCAAGCCAAUGGCCUAUGCUCAAAAUUCUCUCAUGUCAAUGAUGUAG